AUGGUAGAAGUGCCCAGGUCUGCUGGCGUUCUGGCAGUGAUGACCAGUCCCUUGAAGCCUCCAAUUGUCGCUAUAAAUGCCUCUUCAUUCCCCCCCCCCAGUUCAUCUGCCACGGCCUCCUUUGUUGAUCCAGAACUGGCAGAGUUUGAAGCCAUAGACUUAGAUGCACAACUAGACAGAUUGGAGAUGCUUAGCUCUCCUGUAGGCAAGGCAAAAUCCAAGGCAGUGGAGGAGGCUAUGGAGAGGUUGAAGAUCUGGCAGUCUACUGAACUGGAGCUGGAUGAGGAUAGGGAAGCCAUUGACCAGCUGAUGAAGGAUCUGGACCUGCUCCACAGACAGAACAUGGCCCUUAAACCUAUACUUGAAAUGAGCCUUGGCUUGGCAAGGGAUGCCACACAUGAAGCCAACUUGGCUUAUUUUGCAAAGCAGAAGGCAGAAUUGGAUCAGAUGGUGGCGGGUUAUAAGGAAGCCAAAGCCACUGCAGACAAAUUGGAGAAGCAGAUUGCAGAGCUUCAAAAGCAGCUGGUAGAGUGCAGGGAAGUGCAGAACAGGCUCGGGGCUGGAUUGAGUUCCAAGACUAAGGCCACCUUCCUUGUGCAGAGCAUGGUUGCAGCUUCUAGGCCAGCCCUGGAGAUUGCAGAGGCUUCAAUUCAUCAGGGGGUGUUGCUUCAAAAAGAACUUGCAAGAAACCCUCAAGAAAUUAGGGCCCUUGACACAGCUUGCUUUCCUGCCAGGAGUUUAUUGAGGGUGUCAAUUCUGCUUGCAUCCAAUCCUUCCAGUUAUAGCAGCAUGGCUUGA